CCUGCCUCUAUCCGACGGAGUGAGGAAACACGGGGACGGAUGGCAAUGAAGUGGUUGCGUUUUUCGCUCCUCGUUUUGGGGGUUUUCGCCCUAUGCUGCGCCACGUCUGGUGACAGUAGUGGCGUUAAGAAGAUGAAGAUGCAGUUUGCUACGGGACCUCUUCUCAAGUUUCAAAUUUGCAUUUCCUGAGGGUACAAGCGGGUGUUUGAGGAGUACACGCAGGCCUUGUACCAGCGGUACCCAGACAUCCGCAUUGAAGGAGAGAACUAUCUUCCUAUACCCCUCUACCGACACUUUGCUUCCUUCCUGUCUAUGUUCAAACUGCUGGUGAUUGGGGUGAUUAUUAUCGGUAGGGACCCGUUCGCCCUCAUUGGUAUGCAAGCCCCAGGUAUCUGGGAGUGGGGCCAGGGAAAUAAGAUAUAUGCCUGCAUGAUGGUGUUCUUCCUCAGCAAUAUGAUUGAAAACCAGUUAAUGUCUACAGGAGCUUUUGAAAUCACAUUAAAUGAUGUACCAGUGUGGUCAAAGCUAGAGUCAGGUCACCUGCCCUCCAUGCAGCAGCUUGUGCAAAUCCUGGACAAUGAGAUGAAGAUGAAUGUUCACAUGAACACAAAACCACACCACUCCUAACCCUACUCUACACAUCCUGGCUGGAGCUAAAAGCCCCUCCAUGUUUGAGGUGGGUUUCUCAAUGGGCUGUGAAGUGAUGUUUAUGAAGGUCUGCGCUGAAGGCAGGCAGACUGCUAGCACAGACUGGAUGCCCCCAUUGCUCUUCACUUUGCCCCUUAGAGACGUCCCGCCCCGACGCCAGAGUGGGAUCCAUGGCAACAGGCCGGCCAUUCUGUAAUUUUCUUGUACUAUUCAUACUACUGCAGAUUUCAUCCAGGUGACAGUGGUCCCAUAAGGAGAUAUUUAACAUUGAUUCUUCUAGUCUUUAACAUAUUGCAGACAAUUGGUGUAUGUGAGUGAAAAAUUGUCAUUUGUACCACUGAGCCAUAUGUAGAAUUUUAAGUUAAUUGUUCUAAAAGUAGCUUAGCCAUGUAGAAAAUGCAACAUUUAAAAUGUUAUCACUGUUGAGAAAAAUAACAGGAAUUUUGUCUCAUGAUUUCUGAAUAAUUUUUAUAUUUACAUAACUUGGAGGAAGCUAAGAAGAUUAAUAAAACAUUGUAACUAUUUAA